UUCUUUCACGGAUUCAAGCGAAGACACCAUCAGCCAGUGACAUCAUCAAGAAGCCAUUAAGAUCAGAUAAGAUAAGAUGCGCUUACUAACAUGACUCAAAAGGUCCAUAUCGCGCAUUAUUCUUCUUCAUCCUUCACUCAUCUCAUCUCACCCACCACAUUCGUUUCUCACCUCGUACAUCGCUCAUUCUACGGACAAGCUAUGCGCAACUAACCGCUUCGCGAUCCCCAACACACAGAGGUCUUACCACCGCGCCUCUCAAAAGAACACCAUGGACACCAACACCACCACCACCACCGAGACCACUCCCUCACACCCCCCAGAUCCCUCCACAACCAACCCCAACACAUCCAGCACCACCCCCCGCCGCAGCAAAUUCCGCUUCAAAGACCCCCACCGCAAACGCCACCACCACCAUAACCAUCACCGACACACCUCCCCCACCCAUACAACCACCCACACCCACACUCACACCACCCAUCGCCCCCAUCGCACCCACAAACCCCGCCCCCCACACCGCCCCAAACACCCCUCCUCCUCCCACCCCUCCUCCACCCCCACAGCAGCAGACACCAUCUCCCCCACCGCCGCCUUCCGCGAAUCCCUCUUCGACGCGCUCGGAGACGACGAAGGCGCCGAAUACUGGGAAUCGGUAUACGGCCAACCAAUCCACACGUACUCGGUCCCACACAUCCCCAAGGGCCCGAAUGGGGAACUCGAGGCGAUGGACGAGGAGGAGUACGCGACGUAUGUGCGGACGAGGAUGUGGGAGCGGACGAGGGAGGGGAUGGAGGCGGAGAGGGAACGGUUGAGGGCCGAGAGGGCGAGGGUUAAUGCGAAGGAGAGGGAGAGGGAACGGGAGAAGGAAAGGGAGAGGGAGAGGGUGAGGUUUGAGGUGGAGGUGGAGGAGAGUUUGAGGAGGGGGAGGGAGAGGAGGAGGAGGGAGGGGUGGGGGGUUGUUUGGGGGAGGUAUUGUGCCGGGUGGAAGGGGGUGGAGGGGUUGGUUAGAGAGAAUGGGGAUGGUAGUGGUAAUGGUGGUGGUGGGGAGGGAAAGAAAGGGGAAGGAUUUGCGGAGGUGGUGUUUUGGCCGGUGGAGAGUGGGAGGAGGGAGGAUUUGGGGAGGGAGGAGGUGCAGGCGUUUAUGAGGGGGUGUGCCGGGGUUGCUGGUGCUGGUACUGGUGCUGGGGAAGGGAAUGGGGGAUUACUGGGGUUGUUGAAGACGGAGAGAGUACGGUGGCAUCCCGAUAAGAUUCAGCAUCGGUAUGGGAGUUUGGGGCUGGAUGAGUCGGUCAUUCGCAGUGUGACGGAGGUGUUUCAGAUGGUGGAUCAGAUGUGGAAUGAGGAGAGGAAGAAGCAGAGUGAUUGAACCUGGUUUGCUGUUGAUGUCUGCGAGGCGCAGAUAUCCUGGCGUUGGAAGUGAUACCCCUUGUCGAUUGAUGUUUCAUCAGGAUUUUUUGCAAGACUACGUCUACUGCUGAUCGCAUGAGUCGUC